CUGCGGAAAAACAGACUCUCCGAGCCUCAAAUGGGAAGACGGAUUCUCAGACAAGGCUUGCGAAUGCUCCGCAGCCAUCAUUUAACUGCGCCUGCAGAACAGUUACGGUUUGUCACCCGACCCUCCCGGAUCGCCUCGUUUGUCCCUAAUGAGACCCUGAGGCCCUGCCCGUGCUGGGCUUCUCGGUAGCUGGAUUCAUGUGGUGCUUUGGGCAGCGCGGGCGCAGGGCACGCGUUCGCGCACACCCGCGCACACACGAAAACGCGCAAGACUAAUUUUCUGGAGUUUCUGCCCCUGCUCUGCGUCAGCCUUCACGUCACUUCGCCAGCAGUAGCAGAGGCGGCGGCGGCGGCGGCGGCGGCGGCGGCUCCCGGAAUUGGUUUGGAGCAGGAGCCUUGCUUGCUCCUUCUCUCGCGCUCUCGGCGCUCAGUGCCCAGAGACAGGAGGAGCCUGAAGCCAGGCGCCGUCAGCUGGCGGUAGGCGCCGGAGCCCGGCCCCGAGGUGUGUCCCGAUUCCCAGUGAGCGUCUAGCAAAGAGCCUGCGCUCCAGAGAGUCCCAGGAGCGCCGCGGGCCGGUGCCCAGCGCGCCGGGCCAUGCAGUGGCGGCCGCGGCGGAGCUCCAAGCAGCGGGAGCGCCCCCUGUGAGGCGGCCCAAGAUGCCCCGGCUACUGUGAACGGUGCUGCCCACCAGGACACAAUCAGCCCCGGACACGCUCGGCUCUGCGCGCCCGAAACCAGCACGGAAUAGAGAGAGCUGCGAGCGCGGCCAAGACUGCCCAGCACCGGCAGAAGAGGCCGGGGGGUGCAGCCGAGGGACACGUACUCAGUCUGACUCGGGCUGGCACUGGCGGCUAGGGAUGUCGUCCUGGACGAGGUGGCAUGGACCUGCCAUGGCGCGGCUCUGGGGCUUCUGCUGGUUGGUUGUGGGCUUCUGGAGGGCCGCUCUCGCCUGUCCCACGUCCUGCAAAUGCAGCGCUUCUCGGAUCUGGUGCAGCGACCCUACUCCUGGCAUCAUGGCAUUUCCGAGGCUGGAGCCUAACAGUGCAGAUCCUGAGAACAUCACCGAAAUUUACAUUGCAAAUCAGAAAAGGUUAGAAAUCAUCAACGAAGAUGAUGUUGAAGCUUACACGGGACUGAAAAAUCUGACAAUUGUGGAUUCUGGAUUAAAAUUUGUGGCUCACAAAGCAUUUCUGAAAAAUAGCAACUUACAGCACAUCAACUUUACCCGAAAUAAGCUGACGAAUUUGUCUAGGAAACAUUUCCGUCACCUUGACUUGUCUGCGCUGAUCUUGGUGGGCAAUCCAUUUACAUGCUCCUGUGAUAUUAUGUGGAUCAAGACACUUCAGGAGACUAAAUCCAGUCCAGAAACUCAGGAUUUGUACUGCCUAAAUGAAAGCAGCAAGAAUAUCCCCCUGGUGAACCUGCAGAUACCCAAUUGUGGUUUGCCGUCAGCAAACUUGGCCGCACCCAACCUCACUGUGGAGGAAGGAAAGUCUAUCACAUUAUCUUGUAGUGUUGCAGGCGAUCCAGUUCCAAAUUUGUACUGGGAUGUUGGUAAUCUGGUUUCCAAACAUCUGAAUGAAACAAGCCACACACAGGGCUCCUUAAGGAUAACUAACAUUUCAUCUGAUGACAGUGGAAAGCAAAUCUCUUGUGUGGCUGAAAAUCUUGUAGGAGAAGAUCAAGAUUCUGUGAACCUCACUGUGCAUUUUGCUCCAACUAUCACAUUUCUCGAAUCUCCAACCUCAGACCACCACUGGUGCAUUCCAUUCACUGUGAAAGGCAACCCCAAGCCAGCGCUUCAGUGGUUCUAUAACGGGGCAAUACUGAACGAGUCCAAAUACAUCUGCACUAAAAUCCAUGUUACCAAUCAUACGGAGUACCACGGCUGCCUCCAGCUGGAUAAUCCCACUCACAUGAACAAUGGCGACUACAAGUUAGUCGCCAAGAACGAGUAUGGGAAGGAUGAGAAACAGAUUUCUGCUCACUUCAUGGGCUGGCCUGGAAUUGAUGAUGGUGCAGACCCAAAUUAUCCUGAGGUCAUUUAUGAAGAUUAUGGGACUACAGCAAGUGACAUUGAUGACACCACGAACAGGAGUAACGAAAUCCCUUCCACAGAUGUUGCUGAUAAAACUGGGCGGGAACAUCUCUCGGUCUAUGCUGUGGUGGUAAUUGCAUCUGUAGUCGGGUUUUUCCUGCUGGUAAUGCUGUUUCUGCUGAAGUUGGCAAGACACUCCAAGUUUGGCAUGAAAG